CCAUUUUUCACACAUCCACUCUCUACAAUGGCGGAGAAUCAAGAACAAGUGCAGCCGAAGGAGAGAGAAAUUCCAGUUUUCACAGUCUUGAAGAAUGGUUGUGUAUUGAAGAAUAUCUUCGUUUUAGAUAACCCUCCCCCUAUUUCUUCGUCUUCCGCGGCGGAAAUUGAAGAGAUAUUGGUGGUGGGGAGGCACCCCGAUUGCAAUAUAAAGUUGGAGCACCCGAGUAUCAGCAGAUUCCAUCUCCGCAUUCACUCGAAACCCUCUUCUCGAUCUCUUUCCGUCACCGAUUUAUCCUCCGUCCAUGGGACUUACAUCUCUGGGAAAAGAAUCGAGCCGGGUGUCACGAUGGAACUAGUUCGGGGUGACACGCUGAAGCUGGGGGAGUCUAGUAGACUGUAUAAACUAGACUGGGUUCCAAUCAGCUAUGCUUAUGAGGUAAACGGCCUGUUUGCACCUCAGCUGGACGAGUUGGAUACCGUCGAUGAAGAAGCACCAGUAGCAGAUCAGGAUGAGAAUUGUCUGCCUCGUGAUAAUGAAUGGGGCCAGGAUCUGGGUGAUGAAAUAGAAACUCUAGGGUGGCAAUUUUCUGAGGCGGAUCUAGGUUUGGCUGUGCAAGAAACGGCCGCAGAAGUAGAGAACCAUCGCUUCCCUGAAAUGCUCAGCAACGAAAAUGAAGCGCCUGAAAUGUUCAGUAACGAAAAUGAAGCGCCUGCAAUGUUCAGCAAUGAAAAUGAAGGGCCUGAAAUGCUAGGGUGGCAAUUUUCUGAGGCGGAUCUAGGUUUGGCUGUGCAAGAAACGGCCGCAGAAGUAGAGAACCCUCGCUCGCCUGAAAUGCUCAGCAACGAAAAUGAAGCGCCUGAAAUGCUCAGCAACGAAAAUGAAGCGCCUGCAAUGCUCAGCAACGAAAAUGCAGCGCCUGCAAUGUUCACCAGCGAAAAUGCAGCGCCUGAAAUGCUCAGCAACAAAAAUGAAGCUCCUGAAAAUGAAGCGCCUGAAAUGCUCAGCAAUGAAAAUGAAGCGCCUGAAAUGCUCAGCAAUGAAAAUGAAGCGCCUGAAAUGCUCAGCAACGAAAAUGAAGCGCCUGAAAUGCUCAGCAACGAAAAUGAAGCGCCUGAAAUGCUCAGCAACGAAAAUGAAGCGCCUGAAAUGCUCAGCAAUGAAAAUGAAGCGCCUGAAAUGCUCAGCAAUGAAAAUGAAGCGCCUGAAAUGCUCAGUAACGAAAAUGAAACGCCUGCAAUGUUCAGCAACGAAAAUGAAGGGCCUGAAAUGUUCAGCAACGAAAAUGAAGCGCCUGAAAUGUUCAGCAACCAAAAUGUAAUCUCCGGUUGCCAGCUGUUAUCACUGGAUAUGUCAUUUUCAUGUGAUGAAGGAGCAGGAGUGGUGUGGAAGCAGGAUGGGGAUGGUUUGUUGCUUCACAAAGAUGAUUUAGGUGAAACUAUGGAGGAUAGGCUGUUAUCUGACGAGGCAACAAUGCCUCCACGUCCAGAAGAUGAAGCGGAGACUGUCAGUUCGCCUGAGAUACGCAACAAUGAGAUUGUUUUCUCGAGCAUUCAGAAAGGCCAUAUGCCAUUAGCAGAAACUAUGGAGGCUUCUGAGAUGAACUCGGAGAAAAGGUUAGGUAUGAAUAUUUGGUCGAGGAGGGGUAAAUUCGAAGAUGUCAAGAUCAGAACCAGCAGAAGCAAGGCAAUCUGCACGAGCAUUCAUAUGAGCGCACAGAUCAGAUCACUUCUCGUUGAAGACCGUGCGAACAAAUCAAUGGUGAAAGAUCAAUGUGGUGCUAGUCCUAAUAAGGAUGAAGGGAUCUUCACGCCGGACAAGGAGAACGCUUCUCCUGAUUCCUGCUUGGUGAGAUCCUUGGGAAGAAAUUUCGAUGAAGCUUUGAAGAGCGAAUCAAUCUCAGAUGAAGAAAUUUUCGCUUCAGAUAAAGAGAACACGACUCCGAACAGUUAUCUGCUCAGGUCCAUCGAGAAUGUCGGGAGCUCUCAAGAGGUUAGGCGUCUGAACUCGCACAAACCUUCUCCCUUGAAGAAAGCUAGCCGCAGCAUUUUACAGGAACGUAAAUCAGAAAGCUCUGCUUUCAACGGGAAGGCAGCAGAAAGGGAACCUUUUCUUCAGCUGCCUGUGGAUAGCCGCGGCAUUUUACAGGAUCGUAAACCAGAUAGUUCUGUUUUCAAAGGGAAGACAGCAGAAAGGGAACAUUUUCUUCCGCUACCAGUGGCUAGCUGCGGCAUUUUACAAGAACGGAAAUCAGAAAGCUCUGCUUUCAAAGGGAAGGAAGCAGAAAGGGAACCUUUUCUUCCGCUGCCUGUGGUUUCCACUGGUGAUGAUAAGUCCACACCGACACCUCCAGUACGUGAAUGCACAGUGAGAGAAAGCCGAUGUGUCGAUUACUCCAAGGCGAGAGUGAACAGGUGGAUUAUUGUAGUAGACACUGGUUGUCUGCUAAACAAGAAGUCUAGGAGGGAGCUGCAGCUGUUGAGAGGUCUUCGAGGGACCUCAUUGGUCAUUCCAAGAAUUGUUUUGAGGGAGCUCGACUGCAUGGUGAGACGCGCUAGUUUCCUGUCAAGAAUGACGGAGGCCUCUGCAGCGUUGCAAUGGAUCGAGGAGUGUAUGGCUUCAACAGCGUGGUGGAUUCACGUGCAGAGCUCAGCAGAGGAGAGCAGGCUCGUCCCACCAACUCCGCCUGCUGCUGCAUCUGCUCGCUUGUUCAGUGAGGAGAAAGGCGCGUUCUCCGUCGGCUCUAUCCCUUUCUCUCCCUAUACUCUGCAAGAAAUCGUCACUCCAACUGCUGCAGACCACAUCCUUGAAUCUGCUAUCCUCUUCAAGCAAGCCAUGGAUGGACAACUUGUCCUUCUCAGUGAUGAUGUUACAUUAAAGAUCAAAUCCAUGGCCGAGGGUAUCAUCUGCGAGACAGCAAGAGAGUUUCGUGGCAGUCUUGUCAACCCUUUCUCAGCGAGAUUCUUGUAUUCAGAUAGCUCUCCAAGAGGGCCGACAUGGACUUGUGCGGAUGAUACUAUCCUUAAGGAGAAAUACUACCCGAGUCCCACAAAGAAAGCCACGAAAUCGGGAGAUGGGGCUAAAGGUUUGAAGCUGAUACUACUGCACAACUCCAAUUUCAGAAAGAUGAGAGCUUAGGCAGUUUGACUUGAAAGUUAUUGAGUGCUUCUCAAUUUUUCAAUGUAUGUUACAUUGUCACUAUAUUUGGGAGUCUUGCGUUACCGAAUU